AUGGCGCGCGCCGGGACUUUUCUUCUGCUCUUUAUGCACGCGAUCACGGGGCUGACGGGCACGCGCGCAGAUACCCUCAAAGCUUGUCUCCAGGACCAGGGCCCUGACUGCCACAUGACACAGUCCAGAGACGAUGACUUCGAUUGGGAGCAGGGAGACGCUCGCGGAGCCUCCAGCGCCUGGCUCCCCCCAGGCUCCUCCCACUUCCUAGUUGCCAACACUUCCGGGCGUCUGAUUGGUCAGAGAGCUCAGGUGUUUUUACCUGUUCUGAAGGAAAACGACACGCACUGCAUCAGCCUCAGCUACUACAGUACAAGUACAAUGUACGUGUACGUAACCGAGAACUCCAGUCCAGCAGGAGUUGCUGUGUUCAACUCUUCAGGACCGUCAUACCACAACUGGAAACAACUGGAGAUUGCUGUGUCCACCUUCUGGCCCAACUACUAUCAGGUGACAGUGGAAGCGGUGAGCGGAGGAACCAGAGGAGUUGUGGCGCUGAAAGACUUGAGUCUGCAGGGACACCAGUGCAUGGGCACGCCUCACUUCCUGCACAUCAAAGGUGUGGAGGUGAAUGCCGGACAGACCGCCACGUUCCAGUGCACUGUGAACGGACAACCACAGCCUCAAGUCCAGCUGUAUCUACAGGGCUCUGGGGGGCGCUGGGCCUCCGUGUCUCAGGUCAGACCUAUAAACUUGCGCAGAUAUUCAGCGACCUUUGAUGUCUUGAACACAACAAAAGCUGACUCUGGGACGUACCGUUGCCUCGCCCAAUCAGAGCGCGGCGUGGGCGUGUCUUCCUACGCAGACCUCACCGUCAAACAGCCCCCAGUCCCCAUCGCCCCCCCACAGCUCACUGCUGUCGGUGCCACCUACCUGUGGAUCCAACUCAACGCCAAUUCUAUCAACGGAGACGGACCGAUUAUUGAGAGAGAGGUGCAGUACAGUACUUCUGGGGGCCUCGUCAUCGACACACUCCCUGUGGACAAAGCGUCUCAUAAACUCGGGCACCUGGACCCUGACACAGAGUACGAGGUCUGUGUGCUGCUGACCCGGCCCCUGGAGGGAGGGACAGGGAGUCCGGGGCCGGCGCUGAGGGCCCGUACCAAGUGUGCAGACCCGAUGCAUGCUCCACGGCGCCUCCGUGUGGUGGAAGUCCAGUCCAAAGAGCUGACAAUCGUGUGGGAGCAGUUUGGAUACAACAUCACACGCUGUCACUCCUACAACCUGACCCUGCAGUACCACUACAGACCACCAGGGGCCAGCCACAGAGAGGGACCGGAGCUUCGCGAGCAGCUGGUCUCUGAUUCGCUGAGCUCUCUGCCACAGUACACGCUCCGGAACCUUCCUCCGUUUAGUAACAUCAGCUUGAAACUCGUUCUUAGCAACUCUGAGGGACGCAAAGAGAGCGAGGAGCUCCGGGUGCAUACAGAGCAGGACGUUCCUGGGGCAGUGCCUUUUGACUCCAUCGUGGGCAGAAGCUACGAGCAGCAAAUCAGUCUGAGCUGGAGGGAACCGUCGCACAAGUACGGAGUCAUCACACAGUAUCAGAUUUCGUAUAAGGCCUUGAGUUCUUUCGACACAGAGUUUGAUCUGACCAAUCAGAGCGGCCGCGUAUUUAAGCCGGCCAAUGAGACGACGCAUCUGUUCAAAGGGCUGUUCCCGGGCUCCACCUACUCCUUCACCAUCAGAGCUGCGACCGUGAAAGGGUUCGGAGCUCCGGCCACUGCCCAGGUCACCACCAAGAUCUCAGCUCCUCUGAUGCCGGCGUAUGACCAGGAGUCUCCUUUGAACCAGACUGAGUCCACGGUUACGGUUCUACUGAGACCAGCCACAAGCAGGGGCGCUCCAGUGAGUAAAUACCAGGUGGUGGUGGAGGAGGAGCGCCCCCGCAGGUUGCAGCGUGGUACUGCAGAGAUCCUGCGCUGCUACCCCGUCCCAGUUCACUUCAGUAACUCCACCAGUCUUAACUCGCAGUACUAUGUGAGCGCCGAGCUGAGCCGCGCCGAGCUGAGCCAGGCCACGCCCUUCUGCAUUGGAGACAACCGCACCUACAACGGUUUCUGGAACGUUCCACUGCUGCCGCACAAGAGCUACGGCAUCUACUACCAGGCUGUUAGUACUGCGAAUGGAGAAACAAAGAUCGACUGUGUUCGUGUCGCCACCAAAGCUGCCAUAAUCGUCACUCAGCUCACGACGCCGUUCGUUGGAGCCGCUCCAGCCUCUGGAGACAAACAGCUGCCAGGUGCGGCGACCCGGAAGCCUGAGCCGGAGCAUGAAUCCCACACCGACCACACGGUGAAGAUCGCAGGAGCCAUCGCAGCAGUCCUGCUGUUCAUUAUCAUCAGUCUUGGAGUAGUGCUCAUCAUGAACAAGAGGAAGCUGUCUCAGAAGAGGAAGGAGACUCUGAGCUCACGACAGGAGAUGACUCUGAUGGUCAACAGCUCCCACACACUGCCCAGCGAGGGCUCUACUGCCAGAGGACUCUCGUCUCCGUCUUCCUUCACUCUGAAGUCCAACACCAUGAGCUCAAUCCCAAACUCCUACUAUACAGACCCUUUUGUGCCGACGGCCAUCUUAGUGCCCAUAAAUGAUGACUCCCACAAUCAGAGCGAGACCUCUUCAUUGGUCCAGUCCCAUUACAAGCAGCGUGACCGAGACCGAGACCGAGACCGAGAGCAGGACCAAAGCCAGUACCAGGACCAGACCCUGUACCAAACCCGAACCGUGCACCCGGCGAUCCGCGUGGCUGACCUCCUACAGCACAUCACCCAGAUGAAGUGUGCGGAGGGCUACGGGUUCAAGGAGGAGUACGAGAGUUUUUUCGAGGGGCAGUCGGCUGCGUGGGAUUCUGCCAAAAAAGAUGAAAACCGAAUGAAAAACCGAUAUGGAAACAUCAUCGCCUACGAUCACUCCAGAGUGCGGCUGCAGAGCGCGGACGGAGACGGAUCUGAUUACAUCAACGCCAACUACGUCGAUGGAUACCACCGACCGAAUCAUUACAUCGCCACACAGGGUCCAAUGCAGGAGACCGUGUAUGACUUUUGGAGGAUGGUUUGGCAGGAGAACACAGCGGCCGUCGUCAUGGUGACCAACCUGGUGGAGGUGGGGCGGGUGAAGUGCUGUAAGUACUGGCCCGACGACACAGACAUCUACGGCGACAUGAAGGUGACGCUGAUCGAGACCGAGCUGCUGUCGGAGUACGUGAUCCGGAGCUUUGCUGUGGAGAAGAGGGGCGUGGCUGAGAUCCGGGAGAUUCGUCAAUUCCAUUUCACCGGAUGGCCCGACCACGGCGUCCCGCUUCAUGCCACAGGGCUUUUAGGCUUCACACGCAGAGUCAAGAGCAAGACUCCGCCCACCGCCGGCCCCACGGUGGUGCACUGCAGUGCUGGCGCAGGUCGGACCGGCUGCUUCAUUGUGGUCGACAUCAUGUUGGACAUGGCUGAACGCGAAGGCGUCGUGGACAUUUACAAUUGUGUGAGAGAACUGAGGGCAAGGAGAGUCAACAUGGUCCAGACUGAGGAGCAGUACGUGUUCAUCCACGAUGCCAUCUUGGAGGCGUGUCUUUGCGGUGACACAGCGAUUCCGGCAAGUCAACUCCGCUCCGUUUACUACGAGAUGAACCGACUGGACCCACAGACCAACUCCUGCCAGAUCAAAGAGGAGUUCAGGACUUUAAACAUGGUGACCCCGACGCUUCGUGUGGAGGAUUGCAGUAUUGCACUUCUACCGCGGAACCACGAGAAAAACCGUGUGAUGGACGUUCUACCUCCGGACCGCUGUCUACCAUUUCUGAUCAGUCUGGACGGAGAGAGCUCCAACUACAUCAACGCAGCGCUCAUGGACAGUUAUAAACAGCCGUCUGCGUUCAUUGUAACCCAGCAUCCUCUGCCCAACACUGUCAAGGACUUCUGGAGACUGGUGCUGGACUAUCACUGCACCUCCAUCGUCAUGCUCAACGAUGUAGACCCGGCUCAGCUCUGCCCGCAGUACUGGCCGGAGGACGGCGUGGCUCGGCUCGGUUCGCUCCAGGUGGAGUUUGUGUCUGCAGAUCUGGAGGAAGACGUCAUCAGCCGAUUGUUCAGGAUCUACAACACGGCCCGACCUCAGGACGGCUUCCGCAUGGUGCAGCAGUUCCAGUUCCUCGGUUGGCCCGGUUACAGAGACACUCCGGCAUCAAAACGCUCUUUCCUCAAACUGGUCUCUCUGGUGGAGAAGUGGCAGGACGAGUACGACGGGGGAGAGGGCCGGACUGUGGUGCACUGUGUUAAUGGUGGUGGCCGCAGCGGUGUCUUCUGCUGCGUCAGUUUCCUGUGUGAGAUGUUGAGACGUCAGAGGAACGCAGACGUGUUCCACGCAACCAAGACUUUGAGGAACAACAAGCCCAACAUGGUGGAGCUGCUGGAGCAGUAUAAAUUCUGUUAUGAAGUGGCUCUGGAAUAUCUGAACUCAGCCUGA